GGUUUGAGCCCCGGACCCGGCAGAUAGCUCAGUCGGGGCCUCUGGCUUUAGAUGUUAGGCUUAGGUGAGAGGUUUGGGUAUGUGGCCCAGUUUGCACCCCUUCAUCAUUUGGAUAGGAGUAGCGACAGAUGUUGCCAAGAUGGCAGAUUCAGGCAUAUUGUUGUUCUACUUUGUAAGGUCCUCGAGAAUAAUCAAUAAAAUGGCCGCAUGCAUCUCCGAGAUGCAGAGACCGGGGGUCAUCCUCCUUUUCCAAAAAACUACCAGUACUCGAAUUAUGUAUUUUUGCGGUGCGGAAAAACCAACUCUAUGUCUUUGGUAUGAUAAUUUAGGCAUUUUAUUUUUCUUUUCCAUACAAUCCUAGCAAAGGAUAGGAUAGGGUUCCACUAUCAAGAAAAAGAAACAACGGAACAGCAAAAGUAUAUAUAAAACAAAAAUAUUCGCUAGCUUGCCAGAAAAGGAUAGGAUACGGUUUAGAGAUCGCAUCCAGUCAAGAAGGAAUCUGGAGGAAUUCAAACCUAAUCUCGACCUAGCUAGUAGCAUAUACUAGAUACAUAGAGUAGCAAUAUUGUGUUGCGAUUAAGGAGGCUAAUCAAAGAAAGACGCUUGGACAAAGUUUGGUUGACAAGAACAAGAUACAGCGAAUUUAUUUUAUUUUAUUUUAGUAGAAAACAAGCUAGUGUCGACAAGCAUUAUUUUAUUUUACUUUAUCCCCGCAAUGCAAAAAGAAAAAAAAAACAAGACAAGAAACUAUAUUUGAUCAGCCAGGCAGGCAGGUGCUCUCUGUCGACAGGUAAAGUAUAAGUUUUUAUUUCCUUGAUGGGAAGUAAAGCAGUACUCCGUAGAAGAUAGAUGAGGAGGAGGAGCACCCAUGAAUUUCACUCCAGUCGACAGACACAUAUGGAGCACCACCAAAAUCAAAUCAAGUUUGGCAGGCACUCACUGCAUGCAGCGCACACGCACAUUUACUAUAAGAACACGAUGCAACACUCAAGCAGUUCGUAAACCACACCACCAACAGAGAUCACUCACUCCACCUGAAUGAAUCCCAUGGCCAAAUGCUGCCUGCUGCUCCUCCUCUUCCUCUUGGGGUUCCUCUUGCCCGAGGCGCGCGCGACCUCGUGCCAUCCCGACGACCUCCAAGCGCUACGGGGCUUCGCCGCGAACCUCAGCAGGGGAGGCGUCCUCCUUCGCACCGCGUGGUCCGGCGCCACAUGCUGUGGCUGGGAUGGCGUGGGCUGUGACGGUGCCACCGGCCGCGUCACGGCGCUGCGCCUCCCCGGGCGUGGCCUCGUGGGGCCCAUCCCAGGAGCCUCCCUCGCAAGCCUCGUGUUGCUGGAGGAGCUCGACCUCGGCUACAACAACUUGCACAACAUCUCAGGGGCGAUCACCGUGCUGCGUGGGUGCCAGAACCUCAACACACUGAUUCUCACCAACAAUUUCGGCGGUGAGGAGCUAACCGAUGAUGGUAUUAUUGGCGGGUUCAAGAACCUCGUGGUGCUAGACCUUGGUGAUUGUGCUCUCAGGGGCAGGGUUCUGAAAUGA